AUGUUUCCAACAAAGAAGAGUUGCUCUGCAGUGGCCCCGUUCUCUCUGCUCAAGAUGUACAGCUUCAUGGGAGGAGGCCUGUUCUGUGCUAUAGUGGGUAACAUCCUGCUGGUGGUCUCCACGGCCACUGACUACUGGAUGCAGUACCGUUUCUCUGGAAACUAUGCCCACCAGGGUCUGUGGAGGUACUGCAUGUCCAACAAGUGCUACAUGCAGACCGACAGCAUAGCCUACUGGAACGCCACCCGGGCAUUCAUGAUCCUCUCAGGGAUGUCGUGCUUCGCGGGGAUCAUCGCGGGGAUCAUGUCUUUCGCACACUUCUCCUCCUUUGAACGGUUCAACCGCUCCUUUGCUGCAGGAAUCAUGUUUUUCGUCUCCACUUUCUUUGUUCUGCUGGGUAUGGCCAUCUACACUGGAGUCACAAUCAACUUCCUGGGAAAGCGUUUUGGGGACUGGCGCUUCUCCUGGUCAUACAUACUGGGCUGGGUGGCCAUGCUUAUGACCUUCUUCGCAGGUAUUUUCUACAUAUGUGCCUACAGAAUGUGUGACUGUAGGAGAGGAACUGCUCCACGGUAAAAGAAAAACAGCUUGUUUAUCUUCUUAAAGAAGACACUGCCACUUUGAAUAGAAGGAAACUAGUAAGCACUGAUGCAGGUUUGACUGAUCUACUGAAGAUAUGAUGUCGUUGCUGCUCCUGGAGGCCUUAGACUGUCUGUUUUCUAAAAGUUACAUUAUUUCAAUAUGGAUUGUUUUCAAAGAAUAUACAUGUUGAUAGCACAGCGGGGGUAAAAACUCCAUCGGAAUAACCAUGUGUCUCAUUGUUACACGGUACUGGUUUUUAUUUAACUUCCUUUAUCAAAU